AACUUUAAGAUUUAACAGUUUUUGUGAUCAAAUAAAUGCAGCCUUGGUGAAGAGAAGAGACUCCUUUCAUUUAAAAAACUAAACUUAAUAUUUUGUCCUAACUUAUGACCAGUACAGUUCUAGUGAGACGUCCCUACGGUCAAACUGGUUCAUAUUAAGGUGCUUAAGGGACACAGUGUUAUCAUCAUCAUGUGACACUGUUCAGGGGUCAGUCAGUCAGACACAGUGCAGAUGGUGAGGGGGUCUGUGAUGAUCUUUGGUGAUCUGUGGUGGUUUGUUUCUCAGGUUCACGUCCAUCAUGAGUUGCCCGUCCUCCGGUCAGCAGGGCAUUUACCCACCGACCCCUCAGCAAUGGCCCGGUCAGCCCUGCCAACCCUGCUGGUCCUGCCAACCCACUCAGCCCAACUGGCCUGUUAACCAGCCCAGCACAUCGGUUCCUGCCACCUGGCCGGUCCAACCCACCCAACCAGGCUGGCCCAACCCUCCAACCACCCCAACACUCCAACCAAACCCACCAACCCAACCAACUCAACCAAUUCAACCCUUCCAACCAGCCCAACCCUUCCCACCAACUCAACCAACCCAACCGAUUCAACCAACCCAACCAGUUCAACCCAACCCUCCAAUCCAGCCGAAUCCACCCGUUCAGCCGAGCUGGCCUGCUCAACCCCCCACCCCGACAGGUUACCUGCCCUCUCCAGCCCCCCCGGCGUGGCACGGUAAUCCCGGUCAGCCUGGUUGGCCCGGUCAGGGACCCGCAGGAGGAGCGCCGCAGCAGUGGCCCCCGGCACCCGCCAUCGCUCCUGUAACGGUUCCAUUCAACAUGAAUUUUCCCCGUGGCAUCUACGACAAGCUGAUGCUGACUAUCAGAGGACAGAUUAAACCAGACGCCAAGAUGUUCACGAUCAACUUCCUGCGCGGUAACGACAUCGCUCUUCACAUCAACCCGCGCUUCAGUGAGGGCGGGAAACCGGUUCUGGUCCGCAACCACAAGCUGGGAGAGCGCUGGGGGAAAGAGGAGCGCGAUCUUCUGUCUCCAUUCCCCUUCAUGCCCGGUCAUCACUUUGAGAUGAAGAUCCUCUGCACCUUCACGGAGUUCAAGGUGGCCGUCAACAACACGCCUGCGUUUGACUUCCAGCACCGCAUCAGAGAGGUCAACCAGAUCAACCGCAUCAACAUCCUGCAUGACGUCACGCUCACUUCCGUCAACGUGGAGACGCUCCCGUGAGCCUCAGCAGAGUGUAUUAAACAUCAGAGAUCUCUCUCAGAGAAACACACACCUUCACCAGCUCGCGUGCAAACAUCAGAUGUCUUUUCUCACGCUGUUCUGGACAGGAGUUUCUUCUUCAUACAAAUGCUAAUGUUUUCACACUGGACUAAAACUUACUGACUGCUCACACAGGGUAUAAGAACUUCAUUUAAAAAAUUAUCAUUUUGGGAAUCUCUUUUUGUUUGUUAGGCAUUUCUGUAAAAAA